AUUCGUAUAAAAAUGACAUAUACAGUUGUUAAUGAAUGCAUGUCAUUGAAAACGUUGUAUUAUUAUUAUCUGUAUAAACCAAGGGUUUUGUGAUUAAAAUCCCUCAUUUUUAAGUAUGCUUUUUAGUGAAAGUUUGUUGUGCAUGGAUAUGUUGAAAAGUUUGUUCAGUGGGGAUUGCCGUGGACAGUGUGGGUAAGGAGGAUCAAUCUCGUGUAAAGAAGGAAAGUACUUACUAUAUGGAUAACUACGAGGCGACGAUAACUGUACAUAAAUCCCCGCCUCAACAGAGAAAACAGUAUUUUGAUUAUAUUGAAAUUGACGAUGAGACGCAGGACACCACUGAAAGAAUUUACCCUGCAUAUAAACUUUCUAAAAGGAAAAACUUGAGAGUGACGUUUAGUGACCACAUAGAUGUGGAUGUUAUUGAAGACUAUGAAAGUUAUGACGAAGAAGAAGAUAAAAAUAGUGUUCUAGAAGAAGCUGUCUAUGAAAUUCCCUUAGACAGGACUAAAGGUCUACGGCAGAUUUCCAGCAGUGCUGAGUUCAGGUCAGUGACUGAAAAUAUAUCACCUAGACAAACAAAAACACAACCUGUCGGUGAUGCAAAAACUACAACAAAAACACCUGUUACAAAAACUAAGCCUCAAUCUCCUCAAAUAGCUCCGAGCUCUCAACCUUUACUCCAAAAACGGCGGACUAACAACACAUCGAGAAUGUCAUUAGCUGAUUUGGAAAAGAAAACAAAAGAAUACAUGGUUCAGUUACAUGAAAAAACAAAACGUGCAGAGGCACAAGCUCGGGUUGCGCGAGCAAUUUUUCCGGACAUUUCAGCGAAAGUAAGAUCACAACCAAAUUAUAAACAGUUUAUAGCAAAUGCAAGACGCGCUGUUGAAAUUACAAGGAAAUAUGAACGCCCUUGGGUGAGUGGAGCUUCAUCCCAAAAUCAAACUGUGUGGAGGCCUAAAACUGAAUCGAUGAGAAGAACAGCAUCUCUUCCAAAGAACUUUAGGUUACCUGACAAUUUAACAUCAGACAGACAUUCUCGACCUAGUUCCAAUGAUAUUCUGCUUGCAGGAGGUGACCGCCAACGGCUACAUAAUUCAUAGUCAAAUCUUAUUCAAACAACGGUAUUGUUCCUUCUCUCCUUCUCUGUUCCGUGACAUGAUAAAACGGAAUUAUGAAACACUGAAGCACAUACAGUUUUCAUUUUCUUUUUUCUUCUUCUCUCGACGUAAAAUUUGAAUGGGAAAAGAAGAAUGUUUAAUACAAUGCAAAUAGAAAUAGUGGAACGAUGGUGGGUAGCAUCGAUAAGGUAUAUGUGCAUUUAGCUAUUGGAAUGUUGUGUUCACUAUUUAUGUUUGAUGUUGUGAAUAAGAAGACCUGUAAAAGAUACUGAGACCUGUUUCAGAGCCUUAUCAGAAAUGGAACAUAAAUUUUAACUCGGAGUGUUUAAGGGUUGUUUUUAUGUUGAUAAAAUGCAUAUAUUUUGAACAGGAAAAAAUGGUGUUUGCUAAAAGUUAGGGUAAAUACUGUAACAUACAUUUUCACAAUAGUUCUUUCAUCAAAAGGGUACUAGUAUAGUUUACUUCAAUAUUACAAAGUAUUUCAUUAUUUAAAUUUGAUUCAGUUUUAAAGAAAACACAUUGAUACAAGUUAUUAAUUACUUAAAAAGAAUAUUUAAGGGUCACAGAUUCAGUUGUUUCUGAUCAAAGCCAAUGUUCCUUAAAGCUGCUGUUAAGUACAAUUUGGCAAGGAUUAGAAGUAACAAUUUAGAAACUGUUAGGGGUCAAUAACUCUUUCAAAAUGAAAGGAGAAGUUCAUCAGCAACUACCGAAAACAAAAGAAGAAAUUUCACAAUUAAAGAUGUUUUUCACAGAGCAAUUUUUACCUCUCCUGGCCGCCUUUUUUGAGGGUCUAUUCAAAUAAGAUAGAACAAAAAUCUAAAUAUUUCUAUCUUCUUCAUGAAAACUGAUAGCGUACGUAUGUAUAUCUUACAUACUGAUGUUUUUAUAAUAUUUCCUUCAUAUGUAAAAAAGAAUUUGAUGACUCACAUAAAGUUCCUGUUUAAAAUGAUUUUUUGUUCAUGUUUUGUCUAUCAUAUUACAUAGAAUGUUAACCCCCACCCCCCGCCCCACUAAAAAAAAGGCUGACACUUUUGUCAAGGGAGGUAAAUAUUGUAAAAACUGCGAAACAUAUAAAUCACAAAUAGUACCUUAUUCCACACUUUCGACUAUUACAUAUACAUGAACUUUAAGUUAAUCAUUUGUUACGCUUAUUUGAUAUUCCAAAACUCUAAACAGUAACUUUAAAUUCUUAAUUUCUGAAACUUUACAAAAUUUUCGAAACUUCUCCCUUUUUUACUCUUAUUUAGUUUUUGUAAAUUGUGUUUUUGUAAUUUAGUUUAUUGUGAUAUUUCCGGAAAGAACCGUUUGCUUAUGUUGUUAGAAUUUGCAGGUCAACCUGUUCACUUCUGUUGGCUAUUAUGCAUGUAUAUACUGCUAUUCAUGUUGGGGAAGGUAUAAAUAUGUUUAAAUAAGAGAAAUAAGAAAAAAGAGCUUUAAUUGAAUGAAGUAGAGAGGAUAGAUAGACUCAGUCUUUUUCCUGUUUAGUUAGAGUGACACAUAUCGAAGAGCAGUAUUUCUUAAUAAAUUUUGACGUUUAAAAUAGUAUUUUUGACGCAAACUUUUACAGUCAGUUUGUGAUAAUUUUUAUUUAUUCUGUAAUUGCAUUCAAAUUCAUAUAGACUAAAUUCUGGGAAUACAAAAAGGACUUUGUGGCCUUUAUAAGUAAAAGUCUUUGAAUUAUAUAUUUUCUUUUUGGAAGAUUAAAUGAACGUGGCUAUGUUUUCUUAUUAUGGUUACGUGACAAUACAAAAAGGAGAAAAAGAUAUGCCGAAAACUGACAAAAAGGACAUUGUUGUCAAUGGACUUCUAAAACAGAUGUAUUUGCAUGUAUUUAUAAAUAUUCCAAACAGAAAAAUAAGAUGGAGGUCUGUAAAAACAGGGUUGGUGUUCUGUACAUGGUCGGUAUAAAUGCGGGCUUACACUACAGGUGACUCUGUAACUACUUUCUAAAGCGAAACUGUGAUACGUUAUGAUUAAUAAAAAAAAAAUGAAACUAUUUUGAGAAUGUAAUUCUGACAAGUCAAGAUCACAGCGUGAGCUUCUAUAAAUUUAGACAUAAAAUCGAACCGUUGUAAAGGUACAAAUUAUCUAAUCGAUUAAAUAAAUUCUUUUGUAGUCAUUUAACGUAUUUCAAUAUCAAGAACCAUUUAAACUCUGUAACCGUACAGGUGUAAGAAUAUAUUUUCAAAUUUAUGUCUAAUUUAUGUCAUAUUAAAUAAAUUUAUUUUUCUAUCUUCCCGGUUUGUUCGUGCCAAAUAUUGUGAUAAUAUGUUGAUAUUCAAUGAUAUUAUUAUUGACGUUUUAUGUUUAUACGCAAUAUGUUUAAUAAAGAGAGAGAAAUUGCA